AUCCGCCGCGUUUUCUCCCACAAGCGAGCCCGACUCUGUGCCGCUCACCAUCACAUAUUGAGUGCUACGAUCAACCCCAUAGCCACAGUCGAUACAGGUAACCGUUGCUCGAGCACCAUCGCCAAGUCGCAGCGCCUGGCCACACUGCCGAUACGCGGCGCGCUGCCCCUUUCCGCCUCGACUCCCCGACUUGUUUACACGCUGUAAUUCGCAGGCAUCAUGGCCGUGUCCAUUCAAGAUCGUACCGAGGAAUUUCGCUCCAUUCUUGCACAGGCCCAGCGGCGACAGGCGCAGUCCAAGACGGGCGCGCAGAGGCAGUCGCUUUUGACGGCACAAGAAAAGGCCCAGGCAAAUGCCAGUCCGCGACGUCAGCGCUCCGAGUUUGCGCGCAAUGCUGCAGAGGUAGCGCGCGGUGUCGCGAGCACAAUGCAAAAACUGGAGCGACUAUCGCAACUAGCUAAGCGCAAGACGCUCUUCGACGACCGCCCGGUCGAGUUUGACGAACUCACGUUUGUUAUCAAGCAAGACAUGUCUGCGCUUUCCGGGCAGGUGCAGGCGCUACAGCAGAUGAACGCAAAAUUACACCCCAAGGCGAAGCCCGGCCUAGACCAAGAGGGCGAGCACAACAGCAAUGUUGUCAUGUUAUUGAAGGACAAGUUGCAGAAUGUGGGCACAAACUUCAAGGAUGUGCUCGAAGUGCGGACCAAGAACAUGCAGGCAUCGCGUUCACGGACUGAACAGUUUCUUUCUUCGGCUGCGCAGCAGUCUCACAGCAGCCUCGAGCCUGGCAGGACAGAUUCGCCACUUUAUCAGACACCCCAGCGAGGGCGAUCACCAGGAGGGUUUGGCAGAAACACCAACGCAGUGCAACAAGACUUGCUUUCGCUCGAGCCUUCUGGAUCGUCUGCCCUGACGCGAGGAGGAGCGCAAUCAGACGCGCAGCUACUCCUCAUGGAAGAGGCGCAACCACAGAACAUGUACAUUCAGGAGCGAGGGCGAGCCAUUGAGUCGAUCGAGUCGACGAUCCAGGAACUCGGUGGCAUCUUCAGCCAGCUCGCACAGAUGGUGUCUGAGCAGGGAGAGCAGAUUCAGCGAAUUGAUGCCAACACCGAGGAUGUUGUGGACAAUGUCGAGGGUGCGCAGCGAGAGCUAAUGAAGUACUGGAGCCGGGUGCAGGGCAACCGAUGGCUUGUGGCGAAGAUGUUUGGAGUGCUAAUGAUCUUUUUCCUUCUUUGGGUACUCGUUUCUGGUUAAUGUCGUGUGUAGGAUUUUCCAUGUUUGUGCAUGACUGGCGUUGGGAAAGACGACAAGAGAUGGUGCUGGGUUGGCCUGGCCUGGCAUGGCUCUUAGUGGAGCCCUUGUUGCAUGAGGCGUUGAGCUUUUGUCAUGUGUGCUUUCCUACCUUCUUGUAUCGAUUUCAUUUUUUUUAUCCAUGUGUGCAUUGACGGGUUCACGCUGCAUGAGUGGUCCACGUAGAAAUUUGUAAUAGACUGUACGGUGCUCCUGGCCAACAGGCACAUGUACAAUGGUGUCGGAUGAUUAUUUUUUUCCUUUAG